AUGCCUGCGCUCUCUAGAACAUCUUCAUUCCCACAUGUUGACUUCAUGCAUGCUUUUAUAGAUGCACAUAUCCAUUUUUGUUAUUUGUAUGCAACAUUAAGCAAAAGUCAGAAACCACCAAAGAGAUCUUUUGUAAAGUUUGAGAACUCGGCCAAGCUCCAAACUAGAAUCUAUGGUUUGAAAACGUUUCAGAGGCUUGCAGCUUCAGCUACAACAAUCAAUGUAGAUGAUUUUGGAACCAAAGGUGAUGGUACUCAUGAUGACACACAGGCAUAUCAAAAGGCUUGGCAAAAAGCUUGUUCAUCAACAAGAGCUAUAUUUGUGGUAUCCCAAAAAAAGAACUAUCUUCUAAAGCCAAUUAGAUUCUCUGGCCCUUGCAAAUCGAAGCUUACCAUGCAGAUUUAUGGAACCAUUACAGCAUCUAGUGAUCGAUCAGACUACAACACACAAGGCAAUCACUGGCUUAUCUUUGAUAGCGUCCAGAAUCUAAUAGUCGAAGGAGGUGGAAUUAUCAAUGGCAAUGGGAAGAUAUGGUGGCAAAAUUCCUGCAAAAUCAAUAAAGCACUUCCAUGCAAGGAUGCACCAACGGCUUUAACCUUUUAUAAUGGCAACAAUUUGAUUGUGAAGAACCUAAAUAUCCAAGAUGCACAACAAAUUCAUGUUUCAUUUAAGAAAUGUGUGAAUGCCCAAGUCUCAAAUCUCAAGGUGACCGCACCAGAGACAAGCCACAAGCCCCAACAGUGA